AGCUGUCGCUCCCUACUGCGGCCGUGCACCCGCUGUGCGUUCGCGCUGUGGAUAGCGAAGCAUUGAUUUACCCCUCGCCGGUGACCGCUGCGAAUUUCCGCCGAGAAACGCGGCUUCGUGUGCCGUAAAAAACAAGCCACUCAAGCGGGGAGCUGCAGCAAUGCGAGCCGCAUCGGUCGUCGCGCGGCGCGCGCUCGUGUCCAGCCGAGGCGUGCGCGCCGCGGCGCCGCGCCAGCUGGCACCCUGGCGCUGCCUCACGCAAACCACGGCGCCCGGCGCCCAGGAAAAACGCGACAUCCUCAAGGCGUCCGUGCCGCACGUCGCCUCAUUAGGCUGGUGCGACGACGCGCUCGCCGCCGGCGCGCGCGAUUUAGGAUUGUCGGCGGCGGCCCAGGGCCAGGUGACGAACGGCGCGGUUGACCUCGUGGCGUUCGUCGCCCAGGAGCAAUGCGAUCAGUUAAGGGAGGAGGUCGACGAUGCCGCGCAAGAAUUGGCGGCCCUGGACGACUGGCGCGACCGGCUCAAGCUCGCCAUCUCCAAGAGAUUAGAAUUAUCAAAGCCGUUCCACGCGCACCGGGCGCAGGCCAUGGGUUUGAUGGUCACCCCGCUCGCGCGCGACGACGGCGCCGUGCCGCCGGCGGACCCGCCGCCGGCGUUUGAAGUAUUACACCGGCUCGUCGACGAGCUCGCGCGCGCGACCGUCGUCUCUACCGAGGAGUUGGAUGUGCCGGAGUGGCGCCUGCGACGGGCCGCGGCGGGCGUCGCCUACGCCCUCUGCGAGGUCCGUGCUUUGACGGACGACUCCGAGGACCUCGGGAAGUCCCUUAAAGUCGCGGCGGAGGUCGUCGACCGCUUCGGCGACGCGUCCGAGGGGCCCGCGGCGCUGAAGCAGGGUUUGAAGGCGGGGGCCCACGCCGCGGCGUCGCUGGGCACGGCGGCCUUGUCCUUCCUGCCGGGGCCGGCCGUCGGCGCGCUGCCGCAGCUGUUGGACGUCUUCGCGUCGCGGCUGUCGGGCGGCCUCGAGGACGUCUUCGAGCUCUCGCUGAAGAAGGCGCUCCGGGCGCUGCCCGAGUCGCCCGUGCCGGCGCCGCCGGGGCGCGCCGCGCCGGCGCCGGAGCCGGAGCCGGAGCCGGCGCCCGAGCCGUCUGCUAAGUAG